AUGUACUACUCUUUUGAUCAUGAGAGAGAACUGGAGUCCAUCGUGAAUUCACCGAGUCCUGGUGUGCCUCUAAAGCAGUUCUCUGAUGCUUGUUCUCACUUCUCGAACCUGUUUGGCGUCCUUGAAAUAGCCUUCAAGUAUGUCAAGAUAAACUUCGUUCGUCAGGUUGAUGAAUUUGCCAAAGCAUCGAGCACAACAUCCACAUUACAAGCAAUGGUUGAAAAAGAUAUUGAGGCAGGCCAAGCAAAGAAAUAUGAGAGUCUUACAAGAAAACUUUUGAGGCUUAAACGUGCUCUUGAAAUGGCCAGGGUUCUAUUUGAAGAGAUAAUAGCAACCCAACCUGAUAGCUCCCUAAAGGAUGCAGUGUUUAAGGCUUACAGUCAAGUGUUAGCUCCCCACCAUGGGCAUGCUCUUCAGGAAUCUGCUAGUUCAGGAUUUGUCUUUCUCCCCUCAAGGGCUGAGCUACUGCUCAUGAUCAAUGAAACUGAGGAGACAGCUAAGGUACACAUGCAAAGCUAUGUUACUGCAUCGAAAUCAGUAACUGAGUAUCUUGAUAAAUUCUAUCAGUCCAAGAACCUUGAUAUCGAUUUCCCUUAA